GGUGGCCGAUAGGCUGCGGCGCUGCCGGCGCGCAGGGCGAUGCAGCUGCCUCCCGCGGUGCACGCCCGCCUGGCCGGGGGCCCCGGUGCGGCGGAGCCUCUGCCCGUGGAGCGUAGCCCCAAGGCCGGCGCCGCGCCCUUCCGCUUCACGGCGCGCCAGGUGCGCUUCCCGCGGGAGCACGAGUUCUUCGAGGACGGGGACGUGCAGCGGCACCUGUACCUCCAGGAUGUGCUCACGCAGGUGGCCGGGGCGCCCGAGAGGCCCAGGGUGCCCGAGUUCACCUGUCAGGUGGCGGGCUGCUGCCAGGUGUUCGACGCCCUGGAGGACUAUGAGCACCACUACCACACUCUGCACAGAAACGUCUGCUCCUUCUGCAAACGAGCCUUCCCCUCAGGACACCUGCUGGACAUCCACAUCCUGGAGUGGCACGACUCAUUGUUCCAGAUCCUGUCUGAGAGGCAGAACAUGUAUCAGUGCUUGGUGGAAGGGUGCACGGAGAAGUUCAAGACCAGCAAAGACAGGAAGGAUCACCUGGUGAGACGUCACCUCUACCCUGCGGACUUUCGGUUUGAUAAACCAAAGAAAAACAUGAGCCCAGCCACGCCCAGGGCCACCGUGCAAGUGUCGGCAGAAGCCCUGGGGGCUGAAGGGGAGCAGGUGGAAGGGGACGCCAUGGAAGUCUGCUCUGAACCUGCGGGUGAGAGGCACACGGCUGGCCGCAGGGUUUUGUUCGUUUCAGAAUACCUCCUACCAUCUGUUUUGGUCAAGGGGCAUCACGAGGAUUUAAAAGCACCAAGAAAAGAAAUAAACACCAGUGACGACUGAGACGAAGAGAAAGAGCCACAGGCCUCUGAGCAGCCCCUGAGGCAGGAGACAGUUGCCUUUUGCAGGACGUGGUGUCAACGAUGGGCUUUUUCUCUGGCCUUCUGCUGCGGUCCCUAGGACCCAGGCCUUUGCUGCCCUCGAUGUCUGGGUUCCUUGGCAAAUGACUGAAUGACAUCAGUAGCCGUUAUCAGAAGGAGUGAGAGACCCACAGAUUCCAGAAAUGAUCCUGGCGGGUGCUCUGAUGACUUGGAGACGGGCCCACCUCCUUCUGCAGGGGCCAUCCCCAGAGUGUCCUUUUUAAGCACAAAAAGUAAAUGUUCUUCAUCAGUGGGCUUUUAGUCGUCCUUCCCAUAUUGUUGAAUCAGACUGGGAAACGAGCAGUAAUCACCCGUGAGUGCUCUGUUUUUAGUGUUUGGUUUUCAGAAAGAUUUAUGAAAUCUUAGAGCCUCGGGGGGUGACCGGGCAGGAUGUCUCGCUUGUCUGAGUCCUCAGUAGUUCAUGACUCUGUGAGAGAUGCCCGGUCAGGAAGCAGACCUGACUGGGGGGACAUGGAAACUAGAAAGGAUUCCCAGGAGCCCGGGGCAGGGCAGUCGGCACUGGGAAAGAGGCGUGCCAGCCGGGCGGCAUCCCGGAGGAGGAACGGUGAUGAAGGACAGUGAUGGGCAGAGGGAUGGGCAUUGCAGCGAGGGAGGGGCUGCACCAGAACCCAAGUGUCUGGCUGGUGUCUUCCGGGUGGAACUGAUCAGAGUCAUGCAGUUCUCAUCGGCGGUCGACAACGAUAACGUGGCUAGAGAGGGCACCCAGCAGAGGUGCGGAGCUACAGCAGGGCAGAGCAGCUGCGGCGGGUGGGCGGGUGUGUGGGGCAUAGAUGCACGCCACCAGAGGCAGCGAGUCGACAGAAACAGCUGGAUCAGCUCUGUUUUGAUAAAAUCAGGGCUUGGCCUGGCAGAGUCUCUCCCAGAGGCCACAUCCCCUCCAGCAGCACCUGGGGUGCUGGCAUGCCAGCUGUGCCAGCCUGAGGGCUCAGCCAGCAGCAGCAGGGUGGGCCUCCGCCUCCCCGUCUCACCUCCGGCCUGCUCUUGCUCUGGGCUCUAGAUUUGGCUGGAGGCAGCUGGUGGUGGUCUGUGACUCCGGCCCGGAGGCUGCUGGCCCAGCUCCUGCUGAGUCACACCCAAAGCUUUCGGGACACCUGGAGCAGAUGGGGUCUCCAGGAGAGCGUCGCAUCACGCCAGCAGCUCCAUGCACUAAAAACCCUGAAAGCAGGUGACCUGGUGUGCAAGGAAAAGAGUAAAACCUGAAGUACAGGCCUAGUGUAUCGAUGAGAGACCUGAUGUACACUUCUGGGUGGGCGGUGACCAGCCUUGGCUGAGGGGCUAUGGCAGGGCUGCCCAGGGUCCCACUUUGGUUCUUGAAAAACAUAACAGAGAAAAACACUAACAUGCAAAGAUGCUCUUCUUUCUGCUCGUCUCCCCUCGGGGACCUCGCCCCUUCCCUAACUCCUGUGCGUCCUCUCUGUAACCCCACCCUUCCACACGAACACGUGGGCCUUUUUCGUAACAGCACAUCUGAGAUUCACUUGCCCACAGCGUUAGCCAGCACACAGGCAUGUGUUUCAUAGUCUUUGGGGACUGCCAGUCCUGGGCUCCAAUCCUAGCUUCGCCCCUACCUAGAAAGCUACUUGUUGAAUCUGCCUUGGUUUUUCUUCUAAAAAACGGAAUAUGAAACUUCAGUGUAAGGAAUAUUAUUGAUGCAAAAAAAAAAGACCACCUGCAUCAAUAAUUCUGAGGAGACGCUUCUAUUUCUGCUGCAAGACCUUGCCUGGUUUUGGGUCGCGGUGUCGGAGGAAGACUCAGAGCUGGGAGCGUUUACAAGAGAAGGAGGUGCUCUGGGAGUCCGACCUCAGCACCGGCUGCCGGAUACCGGCAGCGUGUAAGGUCACCGAGUUUGCAUCAGUCUGUCUGUGGUGGGAAAUGUGAUUCCCAUGCUUAGGUUUACGUGAAAGAGCAUUUUGUUAUCUGGGGGACCAGAACCUGUUGGGUGAGCCUGUUUUUUCUAACUGGUAGGUGAAGUGCUCGGUCACCUGAGGAGCUGGCAGAAUGUCGUGUUUGCUUCCACAGCACGAAACACCCUGUCCCGUCAGCUUGGGCCGAGCUCCUCAGGGUCCCAUCCAGACCCGUGAGUGCCGCUGCAAUGCACUGUCCAAAAUCUGCGGUGUGAAAUGUUUCCACCUGCUCCUUGUGUCUCCUUCCCCAGCUGCCUUUUCUCCCUUUUUGUGCCCUGUUUUGCAUGGAGUGAGCUGCUUUUCUCAUGCUGUUAUUUGGAAAGUUAGGCACACUGUACUUAGUAUUUUAGUAGUUACCCCCCAGUUUUAGUAUAAAUACUUAGCUGGUUCGAGUGUAAGAUUAAUCAGUGUCUCUUCCCUUUCCCUAAAGAGUACAAGGACAGUUGAUGCUCCAGCCCCUCUACGCCGUGGGCACUGGUAGAGUUGUGCCUGGUAGCCAGGAUUCUGUUUGUGAUCCCACAAGACAUGGUUGCUGUGGUUCCUCGUGGUCAGGCGGUCAGUCCACCCACCGUGAGCACUGCCUCUGCUGGGCGUUUCCUCUUGCCUCUCGGACUCUUUAAAUGGAAACGCUUUCCUUCUGCUGGUCGGGAACUUCAGCAUUUCCUUCAGUAAGAGCCAGUAGUAACAAACGUUCUCAAUUCUGUUUGCUGAAAAAGUCUCUAUGUUCUUGUUCUUGAAAGCUCUUUUUGCUAGGAAUGCAGUACUCGAUUGGCAGUUUUUCCCUAAGCAUGUUGGACACAUUGUUCCACUGCCUUCCAGCUGUCCUUGUUGCAGCUGAGAAGCCAGGUGUCAGCCUGAUGGCUGUUCUUCAGAAGACACCUUGUUUGGGCCGGCCCCGUGGCCAAGUGGUUAAGUUCGUGCAGCCCAGGGUUUCACCGGUUUGGAUCCUGGGCGUGGACAUGGCACUGCUCAUUAGGCCAUGUUGAGGUGGCCACAACUAGAAGAACCCACAGCUAAAAAUAUACAGCUGUGUACCGGGAGGCUUUGGGGAGAAAAAGGAAAAAUAAAAUCUUUUAAAAAAAGAAAAAAAAGAAGACAGCUUGUCGUUUCUCUGACGGUGUCCUGUGGUGCGCUCAGAGCUGUCAGGUGAAGAGACCACCCACCCUGCUUGCUCUUCACUCACUGGGUUUUUUGAACCUCAGGUUUUGUCUCUUCAAAUGUUACCUCUGGGCCAUUGUCUGUUACAAUUAAAUGUAUGUUAGGCAUCCUCGCCCUUUCUUCCAUGUUUCUUAAGGCUUUCAUAUUUUCUGUUCCUUAUCUGGCUUUGCUACAUUCUGGAUAAUUUCUUCGGAUCUACUUUGCAGUUCACUAGUUUUCUUACCAGCUGUAUCAAAUAUGCUGUUAAACUCGUCCAGUUUUUCAUUUCAGUAGUUACGAUUUUCAAUUCUAUAAGUUCUACAUUGUUUUUAUAAUUUGCUGGAUUUCUAUAGCUUGUUCAUCACAUUUUCAAUCCAUUCUUUUAUUUUGUAAACAUAUUAGACUUGUUUUAUGUUCUCUGAUUGAUGAUAUCAAUAUCUGAAGACUGCGGCUCUGAUUCUUCUGUCCAUUUUUUCUGCUGACUCACUCAUGGUGCCGUGUUUGCUGGUGAAUUUUGUGAUUUUUGGCUGUGAGUUUGUAUUCUUUUGAACUUUACCUCUGGAAUUUCUCUGACACAUCUGAGUUCUUCUAGAAAAAAUUAGUAUUUGUUUCUGUCAUGUGAGUGGGGGUGCUAUCAAUCUAGAACCAUUUAAAAUAAAUUAUUAGGUAUGA